GUCUAUCUCUCCUUUCAUUUCUUCUCCGUAUUUCCCGGGCGGUGAAAACAAUUUAAUCACAAUUUUGAAAAAGCAAAAAGAAAACAGUGAAUAUACUAGGGAGGACAUUGUACAUGUCAGAGUAACUCGAUGAAAACCAUUAUUGACAUAGUACUACUAGUUGCGUGUUUUCUUACAUGUGUUCUGACAAUCUAAAAAUUGUGAUUUAUUGUGAGUUAAGCGACACAGGUCCGGGAAUUCAAAGCCUGUCAUCCAUUCGGAUUUUCUCUGUUUUGUGUUCAUGGAGUGUAUGUGUAAUUGUAGAGAUGGUGGUACAUGCGCAGAACAGAGUUUUCGGAUAGUGCGCCGCGGAUGAGGUGCAGAGAAUAGGAUGAGAACGGCGGACAUGGCAGUAGACGCAGAUUAAAAUGAGACUGCCUCGCACCAGCAGGGAGGAUUGCUAUCAGCGAAUACACCACCGAGCAAAGAUUUCUUUGCACUGACCACUAAGUUCUUAUUUGUGCCGCUGAAUGGAUGUUAUGUUUAUCAAACAUCCUUUAUCAUAAUCCUGUACACACAUGCGAUAAAAAUGCCUACCGGACUAAACCAACAAGCCAAUGGAAUAAGCCUCUCCGAUUCUAUGGGAUCAUUCAAGCGGAGGAAAAGGAAGUCCAUUGUGGUGACAGCGUCUCUAUUCGUUGUCUCCGUUCUCAUUCUCACCAUCGGACUGGCGGCCACAACAAGGACACAGAACAUCACAGUGGGAGGCUACUACCCCGGGGUCAUAUUGGGGUUUGGCUCCUUUCUCGGAAUCAUUGGAGCACAUUUGAUAGAGAAUAAGAGGCAGAUGCUGGUGGCCUCCAUUGUGUUCAUCAGCUUCGGGGUGGUGGCGGCGUUUUGUUGCGCCAUUGUGGAUGGCGUGUUUGCUGCGCGACAUAUAGACCUCAGACCUGUGUAUGCAGGUCGGUGUGAGUACUACACGAGCGUGUCCGCAUUUGACCGGGACGUUCACUGUCAAACAGCCCCUCGUGUGUCCUGUAGUCUGCGUGUUAAGAGCAACACCUGUUACUGCUGUGAACUCUACAACUGCGGCAAACCACAUCCUCUUUUGGGACGUCAAAAUAAAGAUGUUUUGAAAAAAAUUAGGCAAUCAUCCUUUAUUUGGAACCGCGUGGAACUGAUGGGCGGGUACCACGAGUACACGGAGGUGGGAAGCUGCCAGGACGUGGUGCACCUGUACCACCUGCUGUGGUCGGCCACCAUCCUCAACAUCGUGGCCCUCUUCCUGGGCAUCGUCACUGCCGCAGUGCUGGGCGGCUUCAAGGACAUGACUCCCACCUCCGCCCCAGACAGCUGUGAUCCAGACCCUCUGCCCAUCUCUGUUCCUCCCGAGGCCCCGCCUCCUACCACCUCCUACAACUAUUACAACAGCACCCCCUGCCUGCCUCCUUACACUGCCUAUGACCUUCAGGCGUCCAGCAUGUUCCCAGACUCGUCAGGGUUGUCUGAUGACUCCCAGUCUGGGGCAAGCUCUCUGUGGCCUACCCAGAUCCCUCCCAGCUACUCCCCCCCAUACUAUCCCCCUGAUGACAAGCCCCCGCCAUACAGCCCCUAAUUAACCUGCUGUUGGGAAGAGGAGAACCUUCUCCCUACUGCCCAUUUGUAAAAAUCCACCCACCCCCCUCUCCUUUGAGUGACUUACCUGGCCAAGGCAAUGGGCCCAUCAGGAUCCAGGGUCCUCCGAGUCUGGCUAGACCUGAAAUAUGAACCACAACCCUGACCCUCUACCCCCCACCACCUCCACCACUCACUGUCAACAUCAUACUGAGGACAUUUGUGGACCUUUAGUAACUUUCACUGUAUCCAGGCUGUGUGGGGCCUCCUCCCUGCACUGUGACUCUGCUGAACCAGCGUAGUCUGAGCUUCUCUGUGUAUCACGGGGUUUGAAGGGGGAGAGGGAAAGGCUGUGACUGUGUGCAGCUGCAGGGGAGAUUUUUUUGCGGGAAAAGGUGGAAGUGGUGAAAGAUCACUUUCUGAGGUGGGAUUUCCAACGGCACGCUGGCGAUGGACACCGUGAUCUGCAGCUUGGGGUGGGGAGGGGAGGGGGGGGGGCAGCAGCAGCCUUUCAACAGUCUGCAGCCUCCCCAAGCCAUGCUGGAAGCACCUAUGAGGCCUCUCGGUGACACCCAAGACUGUUCACAGAUCUGCCUUAACAUCCGUCAGCUUCCACGGCAGCGUCACCCGAGCUGGACUGGACCGGACCGGACCGGACCGGACCGCAGUUCGGCUGGAGAGCCUCGGAUGCCUCUCUGCGACUGUCACUUCCUUUCUGCCUAAACUUCAUAUCUGAAGGCUUUCUGUGUGAAGGGCCUGUCUCCUGCGUACUGUUUGUACUGUCUUUUCAUAAACACUGGUGCAAACACAAGUCUUGUUCCUUGUUGUAACAAAUGCCUUUAGAUUCCCCCUCUGUAGUUUCUCCAUACCAAGACUAUUUAAAUAGUUCAAGAUUACUUUUGUUUUUUUGAUAUUAUUUCAGUUUUGAUGUGUGUGUUCGAUUGGUCCAGACAGUUUUUGUUUGUGAUGCAGGAUAUUUUCAGAUACUUACAAAAAUUGCUGAUGACAUGCAGGCUUUACGUUUGCAAGGAUCGGGGCAUUCAUGGAUCAUGGUAAAAAGAAAAAAAAUACACUUCAGCUUGUACACUGACGUUUCCAGAAGCUGUACCUAGCAGUGGAUAAAGUUUUAGCAUUCGCAAUUAUAACCUCCUAGGACCCAGCAAUUCAUUGUUGUCCCCUACAGGGGACAUUAGUCUCUGGUCGUAAUCCCAAGAACCAUACAUUCCACAUACUGUGCUGAAACCUGCACUGCAAGGGACAUUCAAUAAAAAAGAAAAUGAUGUUUGAGAAAAUAUUUUCACUACAUGUUCUUGUCAUCCAAGAUGUGUUGUAAAAAAAUGAAAUGCUUUUUUUCUGCCAGGUCUUAGGGGGAUAAACAGUAAAGUAAAAAUGAGUUUUUUAUAUUGUGCCAAUACCUCUCAGUUCUCAAGCAAUGCCAUGCUCUCCUCUCCCCAGGCCUCCUGUAGUAAUGCUGAUAUAAAAACGCUGUGCCACUGUUUCUUGAGUGCAAGUGGGGUUACCAUAGAAUAUAGGUCAUCGUAGACCACUAGAUACAAAAGUAGAACAUCCCUCAAAAAAGAAAGAAUUGCCAAGAUAUUUAGAAAACAUAAUAUUGUGAAGAAUACUUGAAUAAUAUGCACACAUACAAAUUCUGGAGGCACAACAUGACUGUGUUAGCAGCUGUGAAAUGUAUUUUCUUACAUAGGAACCCCUGAAGACCCCAAUGGCUGUAAGUGUAAAGCUGACACAUUGCCAGAGUAAACUUAAUCACACCUAAAAACUGUCUGGGUCUAUAAAAAUCAUGCACUAAAGCAAAUAAUAUUCUAAACUCAAGAAAAUUAACUAUCCCUUUAAUAUUAGUAGUUGAAUACCUGCCUUCUCUAUUAACCUCCAAAGCAGGUAGUUUUAUGGUGCAUAGCACAGACUUUUCAACUCAAAUGAUUCUGUGUCCUUCCUUUGAAGAACCCAAUCACUGUACUCUAAUUUAUUGUAUUCACUUGACAGUUAAUCAAAAUACAGAGUUCAUGUGUUCAUGCUGCCACACACUCUUCACAAAAUUAUAUUUUAAUUGUAAUAAAAAUGUGAGUCGUCAUUGAGGCAUAUUUAUACCUAUCAAAUAUACCUAUCAAAUACUUUUUGCACUUCAGGUACCACAGAUAUAUGUUUUAUUGUAAUUUCUUCUGAAAGCUAUGGCAAUGGUAUUCUGUGAAUUAUAAUCUUUUGUUAUAAUUGUUAGUUGGGUAGCAACGAUAUGAAAGCAUGAAUUCAUUUUGGUAGAAGGCCAUUUUGUGCUGAUCAAUGUUAGUUACCCAUGUUAUAUUGUACUGCCAUACCAAACCACUGGAAUCUGAUGGAAUGUAAAGUCUUCCUGAAUUAUACUGCAGACACUAGGAUUUCCUAGUCAGAUCAUCUGAUACAGAAUGAUGUAAUGUACUGGUGUUUCAUAAAUUAAAGCAAAACAAAAUAA